UAUAUAUAUAACUUAGGUCUACCCCUCCAACCAUUGAGCCUCUGCAAGAGAAAACAAAGAAAUAAGAGCAAAAAAACAUGGGAGGCAUCAGGAUCAUCUCAACAAAUACAGUAAAAGCAGCGAGUCAUAAUACUCGAGCAAUUGAGUUAACUCCAUGGGACCUCCAGCUCCUUCUUGUUGAUCCCAUCCAAAAAGGCCUUCUCUUUCACAAACCCAAAAACUUUUCACAAAAUAUCCAACAUCUCAAAGCCUCCCUUUCACGAACACUUGACUUCUUUCCACCACUUGCCGGCCGCCUCACCACCAUUGAACACGACGAAGAAAACACUUUGUCCUUCUUCAUCAAUUGUAACAACGCAGGGGUUCUGUUUGUCCAUGCCAAAGCUGAUGGCGUCACUCUCUCUGACGUCAAAGACUCUCUCUAUGUUCCUCGAGAUCUUGUCAACUAUUUCUUUCCUCUAAACGGAGUUAAAAACUUCCAAGGAACUUCCAAGCCCUUACUUGCAGUUCAAGUAACCGAGCUUGUGGAUGGCGUCUUCAUAGGUUGCACCAUCAACCACACAGUUGUUGACGGGACGUCAUUUUGGCACUUCUUUAAUUCUUGGUCCGAAAUUUCUCGUGGUUCUUCUGAUCAUGUCUCAAAAUCCCCUGUUCUUCAACGUUGGUUUCUGGAUGAAAUCAAUCGUCCCAUUCGAAUUCCCUUCUCGAAACUUGAGGAUCAAGUCUCCGGUAAAUUCAUCGACAAUAUCCCGACACCGAAUAAUCUAAAAGAAAGAGUCUUUUGCUUCUCAAAGGAAAAAGUUGCUCAGUUGAAAGCAAAAGCCAGUGCUGAGAUUGAAAACACCAAUACAAAAAUCUCUUCUCUGCAAGCAGUUUUAGCUCAUCUUUGGCGGUCCAUAGUACGUGGCAGCAAAUAUUCUAGUGACGAAGAAACUAGUUACCGGUUGCUGAUAGGUGCUAGACCAAGAAUGAAGCCGCCAUUGCCACAACAAUACUUUGGCAAUGCAGUUCAGGCCGCGACAGUGACCAUGAAAGCUGGGGAGGUUCUGGAACGUGGGCUUGGUUUUGUGGCAUGGGAAAUGAACAAGAUGGUGGCUUUGCACACCGAAGAGAAACUGAGAAGCUUCUUGGAGUGUUGGGUGCAAGAGCCCAAGUUGCUUACAGAAGACAACAUGGCUGCUAAUGCUUUAGUCACAAGCAGCUCACCGAGGUUCAAUGUGUAUGGCAAUGACUUUGGCUGGGGAAGGCCGGUUGGGGUGAGAAGCGGUGCUGGGAAUAAGUCACAUGGGAAGAUUACAGUGUUUGCUGGGGUUGAAGAAGGCAGUAUUGAUAUUGAAGUCUGUCUUUUGGCUGAGACCUUGGAGGCCAUGGGAAAUGAUUCAGAAUUCAUGGAUGUGGUCACACUCACAGUGUAGCUCUAGAUGCGUUGCUAAUGCAACUUUUUUAAAUAAAAAAUAUUGAAAUAUUGAAAUAUGCUCAAUCAAAUUAUCAUUAUAUUUGGCGCUGUCUAA